AAUCAGAGGCGAGAUCUAACCGCGGGAGAUCUGAAUUUCGCGGGAUCGAGUUUGGCGCUAAAAAGACUCUUCUUCUGUUGUAUGGAGAGUGCUGCUCUGCGCUGUACGGACAGUAGGCUUGGAUUGGUUCCGAUUCCGUUUCAGAGGCAGACUCGCUAACCUGGAUCCGAACUCAUAGAACCCUGACAACAUUUGUUUCCCUUUUUACUGCUGGAUAUUUAAAUGUGUUUGUUUAUUUAGGAAGCCGCUUUUAGUGACUGUUUACUCAGGAAAAUGAUGCGGAUGCCCAGAGGCGUCUCUCCCGCACCGGCCCGGCCGUCCGUGGGGCUCUCCUGCGCCCCGCAGAAGAUGAAGGUUUUGUCCGGCGGCGGAGGGAAGACCGAGAUGUUCUGCAGCGGACUGUCCAGCCCGCCGAUGAGCUCGGUACCGAUCGGAUACUUCACCCAGAUCGGCAACACGACAGCGGCCGAACAAAGAGCCAACAGUCUGUACUCGACCCCCCACGGACCGGACGCGAAGCCCAUCAGAUCAUCCUCCGGGCGCCUGCCGGCGAAAAGGAAGCUGGACCUGGAGGACCCUCUUUAUCUGCCAGAGUUUCGCACACCUAAAGGGAAAUGCAGCGUGGCAGCAGGACUACCAAGCCCACGAACGCCAAAGUCUCCAGGCGAGCGGACGCGGUACGACACUUCGUUGGGCCUGCUGACAAAGAAGUUUGUGGGACUGAUCGCAGAAUCUGCUGAUGGAGUUCUGGACCUUAACUGGGCCACUGAAGUUCUGGAGGUCCAGAAGAGGCGGAUCUAUGACAUCACCAACGUCCUGGAAGGCGUGCAGCUCAUCCGAAAGAAGUCCAAAAACAACAUCCAGUGGCUGAUGGGGAAUGUUUUUGAAGGCGGCGUUGCUGGAGGAGAAAAGGCCUUUGCUCUGAGGAGAGAGCUGGGGGAUCUGGAGAGAGCGGAGCGGUCUCUGGAUGACCUGAUUCAGUCCAGCACCACUCAGCUCAAACAGCUCACAGAGUUCAAAGACAGCCAAAGUCUGGGAUACGUGACGUACCAGGACAUCCGCUCCAUCGGCAGCCUCCGAGAUCAGACGGUGAUCGCAGUCAAAGCUCCGGCUGAGACCAAGCUGGAGGUGCCAGACACUGUAGGGCAGGGCUCAUUACAGAUCUAUCUAAAGAGUAGGAAUGGGCCUAUAGAGGUGUACCUGUGUCCUGAGGAAGGGCUUGAAGAUGCCAGCCCUGUUAAGAGCACAGUCACCCCUAAAAAGGAAGACCUGAAGAAACCGGUGACGACCACCGGAACGCCACAGAGCCAGGCUGUCAAAGACGAGCCUGUUGAAGUGAGUGUAUCCACUUCGUCUCCAGCUUCAGUUUCUGCCCCCUCCUCAGCCGCUACCUCUGCUCCCUCUCUUCUCGACGUGGAGGGGCUGCUGGGUUUGCCUCCCAGUCUGCUCCAGAUCACAGAGGACCAGCUGCCCGGCGCCUCCUUCACCACAGAUCCCAGCACUCCCUUCGUCUGCUUCUCUCCAUCGUUAGACCACAGCGACUACCUCUGGAGCCUGGAGGAUAGUGAAGGGGUGUCGGAUUUCUUCGACACCUAUGAUCUUGGAGAUUUACUGAAGAGCUGAGGGAGAUGGGGCAAUGAUUUAAGAAAAAAAAAAGUGUGAAAUAUUUAAAGGAAUGCUUGAUUGGGGCAAAUGAUAUUACACUAUGAAGCCAUUGCUUGUUUUUAUUUCUUUAGAGCCAUUGUUGGUUUUACAGUCAAAACCAUUUGGACUUAUUGUGGCGUGACUGAGCGGACAUGAAGUCAGAGUUGUAAAAUGCAGGGAUUUUAGUGGGUUUGUAGCAACAUUUCCGCUGAGGAGAUUAGAAACGAUCAGAUCAAAAGAUGAGCAGCUUUUGGUGCAUAGCACUUCAUGUGGCGAAAAUGUGAUGCAUGUUCGUUGUGACCAACUCAGGGCUUUUUUCUCCAACACCUACAAAUUUGACCUGUAGGGGGCAGUCUUGCAUUAUGUCAGCUUUAAAUCUAGUUCAGCUUUACAGGAUUUAAUCACUGGAUAAAAGUAAGCUGUAGUUGCACAGGGUUCUGAUUCAGGUUUUUUUUUUAAAUAUCUCUUCACCUGUGUCACAAAAAGCUGUGAUUAAGUCCAGCCUCUGUUUCAGUUCUUAUGAAGAUGUCUGUGAAAUCUGUGCAGAGAUAUUGGACGCACUGUAUCUGACUUUAAAGGUGCUCAUGUUGUUUCUGUCCCAUCAGGUUUACUUUUCCCUGUCUGACAUUUAGUAUCAGGUUCUGUAUGUGUCCGGUGCCAAACGGUGCCAGCAGAGACCCAAAGCGCUGUUUGAUGAUGGAAAUGAUCACCCAUGCUGAGAAGCAAUCACUGACUCUUUCUGGUUUGGCAGCUUUGAUUCUAAUCUGGUACCUUCCCUGUUAAUCUGACUCUGACUGCAGAUGUAAUAUAAUAUUUCUGUAUUUAGUAGUUCGAGACCAUUAUUGUAUUUCCAAGGAAAUAAUCUGAAAUCCAUUAAAAGUAGCACCUGUGUUACAGGUGAGGUGGGAUUGGGGGUUCAUUAUUAUUAUAAUUUUUUUUUAAUGUCUAAAGAUUUGAAUAUUUGAAUUUGUUUGCUGAAGUGUUUUUUUUUUGUUUUUUUGUUUUUUUGGCUUUCCCUCUACAUUGCAGAGAUAAGCUACCUGUCCUGUCCUAACGAAACUUGAAAAUUGUGUUUGUGUGUUUGGCAGAUUGGUAAACGGGUGUCAUGGUGUGUUUGCGUGUGAGGUUUUAUUAAAUAGAAUACAGGAUAUAAUUUGAAGAUUUAUAGAAUAAUUUUUUUCCAAUGAGCAUUAUUUUUUUGAUAUUUGUACAUAAAUCUGACUUGUAUUUAUACCAUGUUUUCAGGAUUUUUUGAUUGUUUUAUAAGACAUGCAGCACUUACUAUUUUUUUAAUAUUGUGUGUUCUGUUUUGGAGUUGUUGAAUAAAUACUUUGUUUACAG